AUGGGGGUCUUUGAUGACAGAACAAUUCCCACACCCAACAGCCUUCCCAAUGUUCGAGCAGAUGCUCAGCGCGUUUUUGAGGUCCUCCAAUCCGGCGGAGUGGUUAUCCUACCGACCGAAGUCGGAUAUGGAUUUAUGGCCACCUCAACAGAAGCUAUCGACCGAGCUUUUGCCGCGAAGCGACGUCGACCAGGCCACUCCCAGGGUCUUUACGGGACGCAUGAGUUACAUCAAAAACUUCACGUAUUAGAUGACCGGCGGUUUGAAAUGACACGCGUGCUAGUCGAAGAUCUGGAUAUGAGCCUCAUGGCCGUUGCGCCCUGCAAUCAAGACCAUCAUCUCCUCCAAGCGUUAUCCCCAGAAACUAGGUCUAAGGUCAUAAAAGACGACACUAUUGCGAUGUUCAUCAGUACAAGCUCGCUAAUCAGAGAGGUCUGCCGUUUGAAUGCUACUUCGGGCCAACUCAUGGUUGGGUCCAGCGCGAACGUGUCAGGCGGUGGGCAGAAGUUCCGUGUCGAGGACAUUGAGGAUGAAGUCAAGGAAGCAGCGGAUUUGAUUGUCGACUACGGCCUGCAGCGAUAUCAUAUAUAUGGACGGGCCUCACUCAUUAUGGAUUUCGGCCAGAUGAAGGUUUUACGAAUGGGUUCGUGUUAUGAACUAUUCCGCGAGCGUAUGCGGAAAUUUUGGGGGUGGAGUUGCCCAAAGACCCUGAUUACAACACUGAUCGUGACUGAAAUCGCUGUUGAAGAUUGA